CCACCCGUGUGCCCGCCUGCACGCGCCACAACCUGCCCAGCGCGAAAGGGGCUAAAAAACAAACAAACAGAGCGCACAGGAGAGCAACCACUCGCCCCGCUCGCCCACCACGAUCUCCCUCCCCUCCGCACGCCGCGCGGGGCGUUGCAGACCCAGCCAAAGGCAAGCCAUGAACCGGAGCACGCCGGCCGGUCGCGGGCGUCGUCAUCGCCUCCCACGCCGCCGCCCUGCUGCUCGCUCCCGCAUUGGAUCGCGCUGUGGUUGGCGACUCGGUGUGGUCUGCUGCUGGUGACUGAAGCCGGCCCACGCGGAGACGAUGAGCCGCUGCUCUUCGCUUCUCGCCACUCCCUUGCCUUCUCUCUCUCUCUCUAUCUAUCUCGUGUUAUGUUAUGUGUGGAGGAGCCCGGAGCCCUGCGCUGCGGAACAGAAGCUUCCGCCGGAUCUCUCUCUCUACUAGGCCGCGGAUUACUAACGCGUCUCCCAUUCCAUACUUGGUAGCCAUGGCAUGCAACCCCGGCCUCAAUCAUCUGCUAUUAAAAUGAUGGACAGCGCAGACAAGGACUCUAUUGUACUCUCCUCUGAUUCGUCGAUUCGCCCCCGUUAUAUUCAACUCAAAAGUGAUGGAGGACGAGGAGGCAUACGACCUGCCUGCGUUCCAGGAGUUCACCUUCGAGCAGUUGCGGCUAGCUACAUCGGGGUUUGCGGUGGAGAACAUCGUGUCCGAGCAAGGUGAGAAGGCGCCCAAUGUGGUAUACAAGGGGAAGCUUGAUGCCCAGCGCCGCAUUGCUGUCAAGCGCUUUAACCGCUCUGCCUGGCCCGACCCGCGCCAGUUCCUGAUCGAACUGGUUAAUGUGAAGUUACACAUGUAGCUAGAAAUGGCCAUAGAAGACCUACAAGACGUAAGGUUUUGUUCCUGAAAAAGGACUGUUAACACUUUUCAUAAGGCUCCUUUUUAUUUACUAGGUUUUCUUUAUGAAAAGGGACUGCUAACACUUUCCAUAAGGCUUCUUUUCAUUUACCAGGGCACUGUUCUUGUUAUGGAUCAGAUGGGAUACAAUGCUGAUCGCACACCAUUCACGAACAUCUCAAACACCAUUAUUACAGGUAAUCAAAAUGAAUCGAACUCGCUUGGACCAAUUGUCGAUGCUAGGGAACGUAAGAGGCAAAGGGAUAGGGAAAGAUAUGCCGCGAUGACUGUUGAACAAAAGAAUGAGAAAAAUAGGAAGCGUCGUGAAGCGCGCCAAAGGAAUAAAGGACUACCGAUAAAAACACAAUCAUCCAUAGAUAGCUUUCCAGAUGACUGUAGCACCAUUGAUUUCAAAAUUUUGUCAACACAAGGCAUUGCAGGUGGAGACGAACAAGUAAACGUGGAUCCAGAUGAUGAUAGCGAUUGGUUGCAUAGAAAUGAGACAUUCCAGGCAAACAACAUUGUCGCAAGUAAUGACCUUCUGACAACAGGUUGUGUGCAUGAAAGUGUUGAUAACACACCUAAUCAUACUAUGAAAAGGGCCGCCUACUUUAGUGAGCGGUACAAAAACUUAACUCCCGUCGAGAGGGAGUCUAGGCGUGAACGCCUUAGGUUGUAUAAUAAGACACCAAGACGGAAAGAUGCAAAGACAGAGUACGGCAGAAAACGUAGAGCACUGCAAUCUGACACUUUCAAUCAGGAGUCCAUCGCCAUGGAGGACCCAACAUAUACCCCUGAGGUUGGACGUCAUAGAACAGAUGCAACACAACCGUAUGGAUCCUCAGUUACCACUUGCGACUGGGUUAUCCCUGAAUUCGUCGGGACACCUUUCCUGCCAACUUCAAUACAGACCGAGGAUGUUGGUUCACUCACUAUGUCUACUGAGCCACUAAGUCGUAAACAUCAUGUGCUAUCUGGGGCAAGACCAGCUAUCUUAGGUAGUCGAAACCAACAAUUUGAAGCUGCCAUUUCAAGGAACGUGGCUACGGUGACUGAGGAUACAAUCAGUGACGCCGUGGAAGGGGACGAUUGGACACAACCCCAUACGACUACAGAGAUCCACAACAAUGUACAAUGUACGAAUCCAUGUCAAGGUGCUACCUUGGCAACAAAUGUGAGUGAAGGCAUGGCUGAACAAAGAGUGCAGCAUACACAUACGAAGCCGAAGGUCAUUUCCGAUGGUGACGAUGAUGAGGGUGUCAUAUUCGAAGAGGAUGAUGAUGAUAACGAUGGAUACCUAUUCGCUGGGCAAUAUGAUGAGACCGACGAGGACAUCAAGAUCGAUGGUACUCAAGAUGAAUCUAUUGACACUGAUUUGCCUGACACGUACAACAAGGUGUACAGUAACAUGCCUGAAGAAACACAUAUGCUGAAGUCUGUUCCCAACUGCGGUUAUUGCAAUGCGAAGAAGUUUGAGUAUGAGCCACCUGGAUUUUGCUGUCGUGGUGGGAAGGUUGAGCUAGCCCCACUGGAGACUCCUCCACAACUCUGGAGGUUGUGGGAUAGUGCAGACUCUGAUGCUAGGCACUUUCGUGAUAACAUCAGGUUUUUUAAUGGCCAUUUCUCUUUCACUUCGUUGUACUGUUGCCUUGAUAGUAAGACAACUAAUGUGAGGGAUUCUGGUAUAUACACGUUUCGGGCACAAGGCAUGAUGUAUCACAAUAUCAAGUCAUUCGGUAGGGAAGGUGGGGCGGAGCAUAAACACCUUGAACUUUACUUUUACGAUGAUGAUCCCAAUCUCGAGCAUCGGUACCGUAUGUGCCGCGAAGAACAUCAACAGAAAGACAAAGAUGUUAUUAAACAGAUAGUUUCCAUACUCCGUGAAAAUCCAUACUCUGAACAUCUUAGAAGCAUGGGUCAUGUUGAGAACCUUGAUGACUAUCGUAUCACAUUGAACCUUGAUCAAUCGUUGAACCAGAAGACAUAUAACACACCUAUCACUUCAGAGGUCGCUGCUGUCUGGAUCGAGGGGAGCGAACGGCGAGGCCAGUUCAGCAAGAGUGUUAUGCUACAUGGGAAGGAUAGGUCAAUCCAUGAUGAUGAUGUAGAUGAGAUCAAGCAGUACAGAGAUGCAAGGUGGGUGACCCCGCCAGAAGCCUUAUGGAGGAUAUACGGCUUUGAGCUUAGUCAGAACUCUCCACCUGUGAUGCAGCUGCAGCUCCAUCUUCCAAACAUGCACAUGGUGGCGUUUCAUGAUCGGCAAAUGGUCCAGCGAGUUGUAAACCGUCCAGGUGCUGAUAGAGUGGUAAGGGCAAAGUAUGGCAACGGAGGAAACGAGAUACGGGUGGACAAGUCGAUGCCAUCGGCGCUGCGACGACUUUUUGCCACAAUACUGGUGUACUGUGAGCCAAGUGAUGUGGCGGUACUCUGGCGGAAACACCUAGAUGCUAUGUCAGAGGACUAUCAACGUAGGAGUGAGAGCAAAACUCAUGUUGAGCAGAUGGUAUUGAUUGACAUUAGGAACAUGCUGCAGUCAAUGGGAAAGGACAUAAAGACAUUCCCACUUCCUCCUAUCAUUGACACGUAUGACGAUGCUAUAGGUACUGCUAGGGAGGUUUACGAGGAGGAAAGUAUCGAACCGACAGUGGCAGAUGUGGCUCUCAAAGAGACUCUUAACGAGGAACAGAGAGCCGCCUAUGAUAAGAUUAUGUCUGCUGUUGACACUGAUCAGGGUGGAUUGUUCUUUGUGGGUGGACCUGGUGGCACUGGAAAGACUUAUCUAUACAGAGUGUUGCUCGCGACGCUACGCAGCCAGAACAAGAUUGCGGUGGCAACAGCUACAUCUGGCGUUGCGGCUUCCAUAAUGCCUGGAGGAAGAACUGCCCAUUCACGCUUCAAGAUACCUCUUACUAUUGAUGAUGGUGUUGUAUGUAGCUUCAUGAAGCAGAGUGGAACCGCAGAGUUGCUACGGAAAGCAUCUCUCAUUAUCUGGGACGAGGCUUCUAUGACUAAGAGACAAGCUGUGGAGGCACUAGACAAUAGCAUGCGCGAUGUAAUGGGUCGGCCUGGAUUGCCAUUCGGUGGUAAAACCAUUGUCUUCGGUGGGGAUUUCAGACAAGUCUUGCCUGUUGUUCGUAAAGGUUCAAGGGCUCAAGUAGUCGCUUCUUCUCUACGUAUGUCUUACCUAUGGGAGUCCAUGUCCCACUUAAAGCUUGUUAGCAAUAUGAGGGCAAAAAACGACCCUUGGUUUGCAGAGUUUUUGCUACGCAUAGGUGGUGGAACUGAGGUCACGAAUAGAGAUGGUGACAUCCGUCUUCCUGGCGAGGGUUUGAACUUGAAACAGGUAUACACAAGGUCAUUGAUUGCUGCAUUCUGCUUCCAUGCAUACCAACAGGUGGUGAUCCAUCUUGCUGAUAUUGGUGCGUUCACAGUUCGUGUUCUGCCUGCCGCGUCCGCAGCUCUACCCAUCGCGCGUCCGCGCCUCCGCCGCCGCAAACCGCGCUCGCAGUCCCCUUCCUCCGAGCAGCGCCCGUCCAUCCUCGCCUCGCUCCCCGCCCCGGCCAGCCCCGCGCGUGGAAAUCCAUUGUACCCCGCCAGCCAAACCAGCGCGCCCCAGCUUCUUCCAACCCCACGCCAUCACUGCCGGUAA